CCCGCAUUGUGUUCCUUUUUAUGAUCAGGAAAUAACAGACAAAACCCAUCGUCAAUUCAGUUUAUAACUAAUGGACCAACAAUAAAUUGACUUUGAGCUUUAAAAUUAAUCAUGGACCCCCGUACCAGUGCUCAGGACGUGAUGCGAUGUGACCUGUGUGAGACCGCUGUGGUACAGAUGCACUGUGAUACAUGUCUUGUCAAACUAUGUACAUUUUGUGUAGGAAAACAUAUUAUAUCGGAUGAAUCCAAGGAUCACAAAGUCGUGAAAUUUCAGUCUAGGAAAUCUACUCCCCUCUACCCUAAAUGUACUUCUCAUUGCAAGGAACAAUGUGAAAUGUACUGUAAUCCAUGUGACAUUCCUGUCUGCACAAGUUGCGUUGCAUCUGAUAAACAUCUUGGUCAUAAAUUUUUGAAAAUUUUACAUGUUUUAAAUGAAAGAAGAAAGAAAAUUAUGAAUGAUGCAGCUGAAUUAAAUGAAACAAUUUAUCCAACUUAUCAGGACAUUGCCUCUGAGGUACAAAACAGAAUGAGUCAGUUAGAAAAGGAAUAUGGAGAUCUCUCAACAGCCAUAACAAAAUAUGGAGAGGACUGGCACAGAGAAAUUGACAAACUUGUCCUGAAACUUAAAGCUGAAGUUGAUGUCAUGAAAAACACACAGUUACAAACUCUACAGAAACAUCUAGAUGAAAUAAACAAGAACAUUUCUGACAUCAAGGAUGAAAUCGAUAUAAUUGAAAUGGCUAUAGACACAAAUGAAUUGUCAAAACUGUUUAGUGUCACACCCAGUGCACAUUUAUACAGAAAUCUUCCACACAAAACGAUACUAUCUUUACCCAAGUUCACGCCAGGAACAAUCCAUGAAGAACUUGUUAAAGUGUUUGGAGCCUUAUCAUCAAGUUCUUCAACUUCAGAUAAACAUGGCUACAGCAUGAAGACAACACAGAAAUCACCAGAAGCUGGAUCCUCUCCUCCAGUCAAACAGCUGCUUGAUGAACCAGAGACUGUCACCACCAUAAAAAUAGACAUACAUUCUAAAUUCUUUCCAUACCUUUACAAUGUGGCCUGUCUGAGUGAUGAAGAAAUCUGGACAAGUGGAGGUGACAACACCAUGAAACUCUACAGCAUCAAUCAGGGAUCACUACUCAAGUCUAUCACAACCAAGUCAGGGAACACACCAAAUGUCAUAGCAGUGACAAAAAGUGGAGAUCUAGUUUAUACUGAUAACAGAGAUAGAACUGUGAACAUUGUGAAGAAUGAGAAGAUAGAGGAGGUGAUCAGACCACAGAACUGGAGACCUAGCGGUGUCUGUAGUACCUCCUCUGGUGACCUCCUGGUUAUCAUGGACAGUGAUGAUUACAAACAAACAAAAGUUGUCCGUUACUCUGGCUCCAUAGAGAAACAAACCAUUCAGUUUGAUGAUAAAGGUAAACCUCUCUAUUCAUCUAGUCUUUAUAACAGAUACAUAACUGAGAACAGGAACCUGGAUUUCUGUGUGUCUGACAGUGGAUCUAGAGCAGUAGUGGUGGUCAAUCAGGCCGGGAAACUGAGAUUCAGGUACACUGGACAUACUCCUGCUCCAAAGAACAAAUCAUUCCGUCCACGAGGAAUCACCACAGACAGUCAGAGUCACAUCCUUACAGCUGAUAUUGACAAUAACUGUGUCCACAUCAUAGACCAGGAUGGACAGUUCCUCCGUUACAUACACUGUGGACUGAGUGUACCCUAUGGACUGUGUACAGAUACAAAUGACAAUCUGUUUGUUGCUGAAUGGACAAAAAAACAAGUGAAGAAAAUUAAAUAUUUGCAUUGAGAUAAAUCAUUGGUAACCUGAAUAAUGUUUACCUGUAAUGAGGGAAUUUUCUAAUAUUUUGCCAUAAGGUCAAAAAGUUGCCCAAAAUUAUGUAUCGAAUUACAAAGAAAUUGAAACAAAGUCUCAUAUAGAA